CUAAUAUGUCCAUAAAAAUCAAAGCCCAAAUUAACUCGAUAGCACUCAAACCCGAUUAAUUUUCGAGUCAGCCCGUCAAAUGACGAGCGGGUUGGAUCAACCACCACCAUAACACUCGCCGACAUUUCCCCAUCCUCACUUUAUUUUCCGUCACGGCGGUAGCUCGGACAGUUGAUAAAACGGACCUUCUGCGGCCUGUCUGUACACUCAAAGAAACCAAGAAACAAUCAAAUGCUAAGAACCAUAUGUCGCCUGCGUUCCCCACUGUCCUUAACCCCAAUAAACCCCUCAUCGUCAUCAUUAACCGACACAAGAGUAGUAGCUGCGCAAUUUCCUCCCUUUCUUUCCUAUUUCUCGAGCUCACCAGUUCUACAGAGAAGACAGCUCAAUCACAACGAGGAUGAAUUCAACAGGGACCCUGAUGGUCCGCCGCGGCUCUUCGUGAUACAGCCCAGGAUCCGGCCCGAAACCUAUUUGAAGGCGAAGCUUGAGGAGGCGUUGAAUCUCGCAAAUUCUCUUGAACAACAGCGUGAUGGGUUUUAUGAGACGGAGUUUUUGGACAAAGAAAUGCCACCUCAUCUUAUUGUUCAGAACCCUGCUGCUCGGUCUCCACGGGCGGAUACAUAUUUUGGAGUUGGGACGGUGGACACUGUUAAGUGCCACAUAAAUAAUUUGGAAUCUAAGGAUGGGGUGGAUGCCGUUUUUGUGAAUGCUAUUCUUACUGGUAUUCAGCAAAGGAAUCUGGAGCGAGCCUGGGGAAAACCUGUUCUGGACCGUGUUGGUCUCAUAAUAGAGAUUUUUAAUGCUCAUGCUCAGACAAAGGAAGCUAAACUACAGGCUGAGUUAGCAGCUCUGAUGUACAAGAGAAGCAGGCUUGUUCGAGUUCGUGGUCCUGAUGGGCGUUAUACAUUUGGUGGCAUCGGGGAAGCUGAAGUUGUUAGUGCCAGAGGGAGAGGAAGUGGAGGGCGUGGUUUUAUAAGUGGUGCUGGAGAAACUGAACUUCAGCUUCAACGGCGAAGAAUCUUGGAUCGGAGGAGGAAACUGUUAUCUGAUAUCCAAGAAGUUCGAAGAACUCGAGCCAUGCAGCGCGCUGCUCGAAAAAGACAGGGAGGGACACUGGGGCAAGAAAUUGCUACUGUUGCUGUUGUUGGCUAUACAAAUGCUGGAAAGUCAACGUUAGUUAGUGCACUCUCAAACAACUAUCUUUUUUGUGAUGACCGACUGUUUGCAACAGUUGAUCCGAAGCUAAGCAGUGUUAUUCUUCCAUCAGGGAGGAAAGUGCUGCUUAGUGACACUGUUGGGUUUAUAUCAGACUUGCCUGUUCAGCUAGUGGAAGCAUUUCAUGCUACCUUGGAAGAGGUUGUUGAAGCUGACCUCCUUGUGCAUGUGCUGGAUUCAAGUGCUCCAAAUAUUGGAGAACACCGGGAAACUGUCAUGCAAGUUCUUGGGAGGAUAGGGGUGUCUGAGGAGAAGCUCCAGAACAUGAUUGAAGUUUGGAAUAAGGUUGAUCUUCUACCAAAGGAAUUUGAUCUAGGUGAAAUUGGUGGAGGAGGUUAUGCCAGCAGUUUCUCAGGUGAAGAAGAUGCUGAGUUGACAGGUCAACAUGAUAAUGACCAAGAUAUUGAAGCUGAGCCAUCAGGAGAUAUUAAAGAUGCCAUUUAUCAAGAACAGUUUGAUGACUCUGAUGAUUGGCUCUCCUGUGAGGAUGGGCAAGACUCUUGGGUAGAGUAUGAUGGUCUGUCCAUUGGAUGCGAGACUGUGAAUUGCCAACAAACUGAGUUCUCAAGGGAUUGGAGGCCCGCUGUUAAAGGUUCUCUAUCUCAAUCAGAAUCCAAUGGCCAUGUCAAAACAUCUGCAGUAACUGGAGUUGGUUUACAAGAAUUACUAGAGCUAAUUGAUGAGAAGUUGGGACCUUCUCGAGUGGUGGAAAGGAGCAUCUUUGAUCGAAAGUGGAGACCUCCUCGCAGAGAAGAUGACGAGGUAGCAGUUGAGCAAUAGCAAAAUGUACAUGAAAACUAUCUUGAAUAAUGCUGGAUUCGUAAUUUUGACUUUGUCCGUGUUAUUUUCUGGAGAGAGCAUAGAGCAGCAGAUACAGGAGGCUGAUGUCUAAUAUCACUCGUCACUCUCUGUAUAGAGCCGGAGCAACAGGAUGUUUGAACUGCAAUCACCUAAGUCUUUCUUGCAAGAUGAAAGUCUUUCAGCUGUCCUGUCAGCAAUAGAUAUUUAACUUAUGGAUCCAGUGCCUCGGAUGGUGAGAGGAAACGAGGUUCUGGAUAUUAUAAUUGCUUGGUUGGAGACUGACAAGUUAAAAACGAUAUAAUGAGCUGAUGAUUCUCAGAAUAUUCGUGGAGAAGAACAGACUUGGAUGAACCUUACAGGUUAGAUGUUUUCACAGUACAGAUAAAGCAUUAGUUUCCUUAUCGACGAAUGGUAAGGCAGGUGUAGAAUAUGUUGGUGGCGUGUACUAAUCCAUAUUGUGUUAGUUAUAUCUUGUUUCAUGGAGUUUGUAU